GCGCAUGUGCAAAUCAUCUCCGUUAAUCAGCUGACCGGAGAUGCUAGCUAGGCUGAGUUGAAGGACCUCUGAGUCGCAACGCCGCAAUUAUCAGUCAUAUUUGAUCAUUUUCUGUGAUAUGAAUGGAAAUCUGCGACUGUUUGACUGAAUCUCACCGAGUCAAGAACGGUGAAGCCUGUAAACGUUUCGUGCUCCUCCUGCAAUAGUUGAAGCAUCCUCGAAGCCCAGCAGCACAGCAGCCAUGACGGAAUUCUGGUUGAUCUCAGCGCCGGGUGAGAAGACGUGUCAGCAAACGUGGGACAAGCUUAUGGUGGCCACCACGCGCACCAACAACCUCUCCACCAACACAAAGUUCAACAUACCCGAUCUCAAGGUGGGCACGCUGGACGUCCUGGUGGGUCUCUCGGACGAGCUGGCCAAGCUGGACACGUUUGUGGAAAGUGUGGUAAAGAAGGUGGCUCAGUACAUGGCCGACGUCCUAGAGGACAGCCGAGACAAAGUGCAGGAGAACUUGCUGGCCAACGGACUGGACCUGGUCACGUACAUUACCCGAUUCCAGUGGGACAUGGCAAAGUAUCCCAUCAAGCAGUCGCUGAAGAAUAUUUCCGAGAUCGUCUCCAAGCAAGCGACACAGAUCGACAACGACCUGAAGGCCCGAGCGUCGGCCUACAACAACCUGAAGGGGAACCUGCAGAACCUGGAGAGGAAGAACGCGGGGAGCCUGCUGACCAGAAGUCUGGCCGACAUUGUGAAAAAAGACGACUUUGUGCUGGACUCGGAGUACCUGGUCACCAUGCUGGUGGUUGUGCCCAAAACAAGCUUCGUGGACUGGCAGAAGACAUACGAGACCCUGGCGGAGAUGGUGGUGCCGCGUUCCACCAAGUUGCUCUUUGAGGACAACGACAGCGGCCUGUUCAGCGUCACGCUCUUCCGCAAGGCCGUGGACGACUUCAAGCACAAGGCCAGGGAAAAUAAGUUCACCGUGCGUGACUUCCAGUAUAACGAGGAGGAGAUGAAGGCCGACAAGGAGGAGAUGACGCGCCUGUCCACCGACAAAAAGAAGCAAUUUGGUCCACUGGUGCGGUGGCUCAAAGUCAACUUCAGCGAGGCCUUCAUCGCGUGGAUCCACAUCAAAGCACUGCGCGUGUUCGUGGAGUCGGUCCUGAGGUACGGUCUUCCAGUGAACUUCCAGGCCAUGUUGCUGCAGCCCAACAAGAAGAACAUGAAGAAGCUACGGGAGGUUCUGUACGACCUCUACAAGCACCUGGACAGCAGCGCUGCCAUCAUCGACGCCUCCAUGGACAUCCCCGGUCUGAACCUGAGCCAGCAGGAGUACUACCCAUAUGUUUACUACAAGAUCGACUGCAACCUGCUCGACUUCAAAGUUUAGAAGGCGCCGUCGUGCCCAUUUUACAUUCCCGCCCUGGUUUGCUUCCUCUUUCCGCUGUUCAUCAUUGUCUAACUUUGGUUGCCGCUCCGUUCCACGUAUCAAAACCAAGGGGCAUCAAUUAAAAGUGACCAAACGGUGGCUGUGCAACCUUCCCAACGUACCCUGCCGCCAUCCAAAGAUGUCGUUAAUCCUGCGUUGAUAUCGUGGCUUCAUCGAGAACAUCCUAAAGAGACACAAAUGGAGAUGUACAUGAUAAAGUAUUUAUUUUAAGCCUCUAAUGAGUCAGUGAAGAUUUUAUUUGACAGUGACGUGCGUUCUUAGUGUGUUUGUUUACAGUUAGAUGUUGAUCAUCGUGCCCCAGUGAAAGCAAUAUAUUUGGUAACUGUGCUAACUUGAUUCUGUAUAUUUGAUCCCUCAUCAUAGUUUGCGUGGCUACUGUAAUGUCGCUCUCAUAGAAAUGUCAACAUAUUUAAAAAGAAAGCAAAAUAGUAAUAAACGUGAAAACAAUUACUGGCAUGUAAA